AUGUCGGAAGUGAAAAGCAUGUCCGAGGCGAAACGACCGUCCAUGUUCCUCUCAGGUCGAGCUCAAAAGGCAUGUCAGUCCUGUCAAACGGCCAAGGUCCGAUGUAAUGCCGCCUUGGGUACACCUUGCCACAAUUGUACCCGCAAAGGCAUCCAGUGCAUCGUGAAGAGAAGGAACCAGGCAUCUCGGUUCAUGUCCACUUCACCACCAAUAUCACAAUCAACGCCCGGCGUCGCUCAAAGGCCGUCUCCACGCAUCUCCAGUCCCUCUUCAUCGACAGGUCCGACCUCAGAUCGUACCAUGCACCACUCACUGCGUGCGUUUAACGAAGAAGACUUUUGGCAAGCAUUCACCAACCUGGGCGCCUCAACACUCCGCACAUUGUGCGAUAUCGGCCCUCUGCAAUCUCUGCCUGGCUUCCUCGAUCCACUUCCACCACACAUGAGCAGAAACUCGAUCGAAUCUCUGCGAAUGAAUGGGGUCUUUGAUUUGCCAAGUGAACGACUCAAGCAUGCGCUCUUGGAGACAUUCUUUGAGAGCGUGCUCCCGUCGAUGCCCAUUCUGGAAUGGCAGGACUUUCUCAGGAGUAUCCACGACGAAAGUGGAAGUCAGGGCACCGUGAGCCUGCUUUUAUAUUCGGCGGUCAUGUUUUCGGCUACGACCUUUGUCCACGUGGAUCAUCUGUUGGAAGCUGGAUAUAACAGUCGCAAGGAGGCCCAUGAAGCUUUUUUCCAGAGGACCAAGAUGCUUUACAAGUCCAACUACGAGUCGGAUCCCAUCACCAUCAUUCAGACAUUACUUCUCAUGACUUUACGACUCGACACUGCAGAUGGCCAUGAUAGUCGUCAUUGGGUCAAAGCCGCGAUCACCGUUUCUCGAUCGAUUGGACUCUUCCAUGAGCUCUUCUUGACACCCAAUGUUGGGUAUAGUCCAAAAUUGUGGAAACGCAUUGCGUGGGCCUGUUACAUGGUAGACAGUAUCAUCGCACUGCGACUUCGGUGUCGAACAGCAAUCGAUCAAGCCGAAUUUAGCCAUCUUCCACUCGCCGAGCAAGACUUCGAAGUAUCUGAUAUCUCGCCGUCUCUCGACACUCCGACAGACUUCCCUGGCGGCUGUACACUGGUGAGAAACGUUCAAGCACAGCUCGACCUUGCAAAGAUCUGCAUAUCCACAGCCCGGCUCUGCAUCUGUAUCCACAGCAUUCUGGACCUACAAGGAAAGCAAUCCAUGUGUGCUGUUCCAUCGCCCAUGUCACCCACCGGCACCACCGGCAUCGACAUGACGACACCCACGACCCUCGAUAACUACACUCGCCAGAUUUGCUCUCUGGUCCAAACCGACCUCGCAGACUGGGCCAACACCCUCCCACCACCCUGCCAGGCCCAACCCCAGUUCCCAUCUCUAGGACCGCACUCACCCACCACCAACAACACCGACAAGGAUGACCUCACCGUCGUCCUCCACCGCAACAUCCUCCACAUGAUCUUCUACACCACCAUCGCCGUCUUCCAUCAAUCCCAACCUUUCCUCUCUUCCCAAUCCUGCGUCCAACUCGCUGCCAGCCAAAUCUCCCGCAUCACGUCAGAAUUGUACCAGCUGAAUCUCCAGCACCGCCUGCCCGUCAUCGGCGUCACCGCCAUUCUAGUCGCGCUGAUCAUUCAUGUCUCGGAUAUGAAGAAGGCGUCUUCGUCGUCGAGUCAGCAGCAUGAGGCAAUUCUGAAUUUCAGGCUGUGCUUGGAUGUGAUGGGUAGCCUGAGGGAUCUAUAUUGCGAGGCGAAUACGGCGACGAGGUGGGCGUUGAGUGUGAUUCGCAACCUGGCGUUCAAUACGGAUUGUUUGGUUGAGGUUCCGGGGCCGGAUGAAUGUCGUUUCAGAGAGAGAUCUUCCUCCUCGUCGAGUGAUAGUGUUGGGAGGGAGUCAAUUGGGGUGAGCUUGCUGUCGGAUAUGGACGAGCUUGGCAUGUCGGAUUCGCAGUUUGACUUGUUUUCGGCCAUGCUGGAAUGA